CUGCAGAACAUGAGUGAUUUUCACCUUGACCUUAGCCCCCUCAAAGAGCCCCUAGGUUUCAUCAAGCUGCUGGAGUGGCUUUUUUCAGUAUUUGCAUUUGCUUCAUGUGGAGGAUAUAAAGGUGUCACCACACUUCUAGUCUCCUGUCAAGGGCUGGUGAACAAAACAGUAACAGCCUCUUUCGGCUAUCCUUUCAGGUUGAACAAAGUUGUAUUUACUUCACCAGAUCCUACCCAAUGCAAUGGCACUUGGACAGAUUUCUAUCUUGUGGGAAACUUUUCCUCCUCUGCGCAGUUCUUUGUCACGUUUGCAGUCCUGAUCUUCUUCUAUUGCAUGGCUGCCCUGGUGAUGUACCUUGGCUAUAUGCACGCAUAUCGGAAUGGUAGUAAUUUCCCAAUGAUUGAUUAUGUUUUCACUCUCAGUGCUGUCUUUCUGUGGCUAGUCAGCAGUGCUGCCUGGGCAAGGGCUCUGGUUGAUAUCAAAGUAUCAACUGGUCCCCACAUUGUGGAAGAAAUACCGGCUUGCAAAAUACUUGGAUCGUCCUGUGUGUUUGCUUCCGUUUCCAGCAUGGGAAGUUUGAAUGUGUCUGUGGUUUUUGGCUUGCUAAAUAUGAUUCUGUGGGGAGGAAAUGCUUGGUUUGUAUACAAGGAAACUAGUCUGCAUAAACCUAACAGUAGUUCUCCAAACUCUGGGUUCUAUCCACCUGCAUCAGGAAUCUGAACAGUUGGAGAUUUAUGCUAAAAUAGCCAUGUUUCAUAUUGUUGACAAGUUUGAAUACACUGCAUUUCAAAAUCUUUUACUAUUAACUUUCACAAAUAUACAACUUGGAAAAAACGCCUGG